CCGCAUACACACACGAGCGCCGCGCCGGCGAUAUCUGCCAACCGCCGUUUGAUCAUCGCGAUUGUAUUUAUUAUAGUAUCGAUCGCGACACCCAACUGCAAGGACUCGUCAUAUGUCACCGACACACGGACGCGGCACAUACACACACCACGCGGUCUCUCAUCUCAUCACACGCCACGUAGUCAGUCAGUUGUACAGAUGCUAUCCGCUGGCGGUACAUGUCUGUGUGAUUGCAGAGCUGCUUGACAGGUGAGCUGGAGCCUGGACGCCUAGAUAGAUGAAGGAAUCUCGGCUGACAUCUCCACCUGCACAUGCAUCGUCCAAGCUCGGUAGGAUGCCGACUCGUGUCCUAUCCGACCUGACCUUUACGAUGAGGUGUAUGUAACUGCGCUUUUGACCCACAUUCAGUAUAUUUACGCCCUUGCCUCGUGAGACGUAUUAUGCGCAAUCGCUGAGACUGCUGAUUAAAAAAAAACGAUCUUAGUCACAUGGACUGAACAACGCAGAGUACUGAGUUCAAAGGACUAUAGGUUUUGCAUAGAGUCGGCCGCGAGGCACACGGGGCACAUCUGAUGCCGCGCACGCUGAUUAUUUUGUAGGACACCGUAAUCCCGCCCAAAUCGCUGGGCAUUCACAGUGUUGCGUGUUUGCGAUCGCACUGAUCCUUGGGGAGGUCGCUUGCCGUCACCCUCUAUCUGAAUGUCAGCGAGCAUCCUCGACACAUGUUUUCGCCGUGCCGUGCGGACUCAACGCCGGUGUAGUGUGCGCUCACAGACUUUCAACAGAGAAAGGCCAGCGCGCUCCGUCUGCCAAUUACACAUCUCGUUUUGGUGGACUAGCCAGCCGUAAACAAGCCAAUUCUCCCGCUUAUUUUCCUGUCCCAUCCCGUAGCAGACAACAACGCCGACGAAUCGUCUAUCAAGCCAGGCGAGCCGUCAUCAGCAAACAUCGCCGUGAAGGAGCAGCGUAUAGACGAAGAACCGCGUACCAAGCCCACAUGACGGCUUUAAUCAUCGCCAAGACGCUCCCCACUUAACGCAGCAGACACGACAAGCAAGUCGUUAUUUUGCUGAUGGAUUUAACUCAUCAGUGAGUUCAGCUCCUUCCUUUUUUUUCUUCCUUGAUUGGAAAAUUCCCGAGGUGCGAAACGGCAGGAUAAGGUUGUUUGGCACGUCAUUUAACUUGGCUUCGCCUUGACCAAUGCAAUCCGGUCUGUAUUGCAUCAGUCCGUCGUAGCGGACACGUGUACCGUUAGUGCUUUUUAUCGCUGAUGGCAAUCGCACGCCCGAUUAGGUUUAUUCCCAAGGUCUCCUUCUGCUUGGAAAAAUGUUUGUGAACUCAGCUAUUUGUCUCCGUGAUAGACGUUAAUCCAGCCAGCAAGAAGUCGUACUUUCAUGCAUUUCAAAUGCGACAGGCGUUCAUCUGCAUUUUGUGAUGCAAAUCCAGUGUCACUCCAAGGAUCAGCAGAUACCGGCGAGUAGCGUAUACAACUACAUGUAUCUCUGCAAGUCUUUCGGUGAGUGUACAAUUUUCGUCGACUGAACUGCACUUUAAAGUUGAUCACACUUAUCUUGGUUAUAUUGCUCUCCUGUGUUUCACAUAACAUCUUUCCGUGAAGUCAUAAGGAAGACGAUAGAGGAUUGUGUAUCUCAUCUCGACGCUACUGGUUUUCAAUACUGAUCAGAAUUGGUAAUGGCGAACAUCAGGUGCGUCUUUUGAAGCAAAAUAAAAAUAAUAUAUCGCCUGAGUUUUAUCUGGAGGGAUGCUUGAUUGGCAGUCUUGCAGUGCAUAAGUCAAGCCCUCGUCUAGUCGAGCCCAUCAACUGCCCAGCCCCCCAUCUCUAGGAUCCAAUUACUGAUCCCCGAUCGCAAUCAAUCAUGGAUGACUUUCUGCGGAGACUGACCCGGGUGCACCGCCGCGACUUGCCGGUGGAGCCCGCGGAGCCGGCGACCGCUCGCUCCCCUUCCUCGCCCAGCCGUCUGUUGGACUACCUCAUCUCCUCCACCACUACCACCACUACCUCCCCGGAUUAUCUUGGUAACUUUACCCUCCCCAACGACACCACCACGGGUUUCCCCGAGAGUACGCUAGAACAGGACGGUCACGUCCGCAGCAACGAAGCCUUCCCCCUGUCGUCUUUCGCAGUCAUCAAGGCCGUCGUCCUGGCCAUUGUGCUGGGCAUCCUGCUCCUCACCAGCUGUCGAGUGGUGGGCAAAAUCGUCUGCAAGAAUUCCUCCAAAGAUCAAGCGGAGCAAUGAUGGGCUUUCAAGAAAAACAAAACUGUAUAUAUAUUUUUUGAAGCUUGUGUAUCGUUUAUUUAUUUCAUGUUGCAAUAUAUCUCUGUGUACAUGUAUAUGCAAUGGUAAAUGGACUGCCGUGUAUGUUAAAGCAAUGACGCAAUGUGCAGACAAACAAACUAUUGGGCUUUAUAAAAAAAAAAAUUAUUUACCAAAUCUUCAAAGAUUGUAUCUCAUGUUUGUAAGAAAAAAACCGGCCAACUCCAGUUAUAGAACAGUCAAGACAAAAAUGAUGAUUUCUUUUAUAUACAGGGUGGCUCCAAAAAAAGUUAACAUAUUUCAGACGCAGAUUUCAGACGCAGAUCGCAAACGUGUUGAGAUUGUUUUGAGACAUUCCUAAAGUAAAAGAUCUAGGUGGUAUUAUGGUGAAAACGGCGUUGAAAAUAAAGCCUGAAUUAAGAAAUGGCGGUCAUAUGCAGAAAAUGGUCAAAAUCAGUUUAUACUCACACGUGUAUGAGACAUGGUCAUUGGUAUUGCAGUUCUUUGUGCACGCAGUGCUAUUGUUUUGACUAUGUCUCAUAGACUUACAUGUGAUGGACAAACUGGCGUUUGACCAUUUCUCUGUCAACGGCAGCCAUUUCUUAAUUUAGACUUAAUUUUAACGCCGUUUACACCAUAUACCACCAAGAUCUUGUAGUUUGGGAAUAUAUUAGAAAGAAUUUCAACAUGUCUUACCAAUUUUAAGACAUCUGCGUCUGAAAAAAAAGCGUCAUCUUUUUUUGGAUCCCCUUGUACAUGUGGAGCUGAGCGUUAUAAGUAAUCACCACUGAAUAAAAAAGUGGCAUCUCUGUCCACGUAUAAUGAACAGUUCUGUUACAACAAGUGGACAGCAAACGACCGAAUGCAAAGUAAUGACUUUGCAGAAAAGCACUCACGAGUGUAUAUCUUUCACUCCAAAUUAUCUCCGUUUCUCCCCCAUAACAUGCGUCAUUGCUAUAACUCGUUGUCCGUUAGAUAAUGAACUGCCACAACAUUGGACUUAAUCACAUCGAUGAAACCAUAUGGGCAAUUCCAUGGUAAUAACUCACGCUACGGGGUCUUCCGUCAAGUUUGUACUGUAAGCCUAUAAAGUCAAAGUAUUAAGGGUGAAUUUUUCUCACAGAAGAUCCCUUGAAUCUAAGUGACUAAACUGCAAAAAGAGGAAAUCAAAUAAAAUUUUGCUGGUUUGGCAAUAACUGUUUUUUAUUGGUAACUCACGUUGAUGGACAUGGAAAAAUUAAGUACCUUGCAUUUGAACGUGUCCUCAUACUGUGAAGUGUUGGAAACAUCUUUUCAGUGCUCUUACAUCAUUAAGGUGUAAGUCAUAUGCUACCAUAACAGUUAUUUUAAAAAGAAAUCAGUCACGAAAUCUUCAGUUACCGUUACGGUAACUCACAGUUUGUCCACCCAACUUUGGUACAAGAUAAAACAAAAAAUACAAUUAUAAUCUCACAAAAAAAUCUUUUGCCAUAAAAU